AUGCUGGUCACCACUGAUGUUUUCACUGCUGAGGUGGAUAAAGAAUGGAAGACAGUGGGAUGUGGGACAGCAACUGGAAUACAUUCUGACGUGGAUGAGGACAGCCUGUUGCCUUCUGCUAGGCUCUGGAUGUGUCGCCAAAAACUCAUGUGUUGGAAACUUCAUCCCCAAAGUGGUAUAUUAAUGGUAUUUGGAGCAGCAGACAUUGUCACACUGUCUAGGAAGUGUUUUUCAUGCAAGGAAGAUGUGAGGGACCUGACACAAGGCCACCAGCCCUACUUCACAGCUGUAUACCAACACCUCUGUUUAAACCUGGAAUGGCUAGGAGACCGUGAAUCCAGAAAAAAUAACAGGAAGAACAUGGGAAAUGAGCACACAUUGUGGAUUCCCUUCAUACCCCUCAAGCCUGGAGGAACUAGAUUGAGCAGCCAGCCAUCCAGCCUCAGCCACAGUAUCUUGGAGUCCAAGACUGAGAUGCUGAAGCCUACUGCCAGGGGCUCUAUGUACCAGGAAAUAUCAUACCACAGAGGAGUGGGCACUGGAGGCCCAGGGACUGCUCCACAGAGGCCGGAAAAAAAUAAAACUGUCUGUGGCCAAUGUACACUUCCAAGUCUCAAGGUGAUGGCAGUAAUGAUUAAUCCAUCUGCUAAAGCAGCAGGAAUUGAUAUUGUGCAACUGGCCUUGUCACCCAACCCUAUUUCCUCCAAAUGCCUCUAA